ACGGUUCGCUAUAAUUAUAUCGUAUCAUCUUAAAACGUUCCACAGAGUGUAUUUCACUUCAGUUCAAAAUGUUGGCAACAGUUGGCAGAGAAUAAUAUAGAUCAUGGUUCACGUAUGAUUUAACAUGCUCACCCACGCCAUGUUGUUUUCUAGUCGUUAAGAAUAAGUUUAAUGGUUAUGAGUUAUGAGUGCCGCUGUCCUUGGAGCACUAGAGUUCCCACCAAAUAAAAUGGAAAACACACAACUGGUCUGCAUACCAGGUCAGAGGUUAUGCCUGGCAGAUAAGGAACACAUCUCAGGUUGCGGUACAUAUGAAAGGAAUGGAUACAUAUAUUCGACUCUUGCGGGCGUUGUGAACGUUGUAAAAGAGGAAAGGUCUUCCAUUAUCGAAGUACACAGCAGUAAGGGACAGGGCAUUAUCCCAGCUCCUGGGGAUAUAGUAACAGCAAAGGUGACUAUUGUGACCCAGAAGUUCUGCAAGUGUGUCAUAAAAUGUAUAGGUGACACAGUUCUGACACGGCCUUACCGAGCAAUUGUACGCAAAGAAGAUGUCUGUGCUACAGAGAAGGACAAAGUGGAAAUAAUUAAGAGCUUCAGACCAGGGGAUAUUAUAUUAGGCAGAGUUCUUCCAUUGACUGAAGUCCAUACAUACCAUCUGUCAACAGCAGAGAACGAGUUAGGUGUUGUGAUAGCAUACAGUGAAUCAGGUGUUGCAAUGGUUCCUGUGAGCUGGACAGAGAUGCAGUGCCCAAAAACCUAUGUCAAGGAACCUCGGAAAGUUGCAAAGGUUGUUCCAGAAACAGUUACAGUUGAUUAAGGUGGCCUAUUAUAAUAGAAUCAUUUUAUGUACAAAGCACUCCACAUUUUUUAAUAGACUAAUAAAAACUAUUGUGUGUGUAUAAAGCAUUUGAUUUUCUUCAAUACAAGGUGUAUGCCAUUGUAGUAAUUAAAGAUUGAUUUGUUUAUGCAGGAAAGUAUUUAAAAAUCCUUGUUGAAUUGUACAAAUGCAGAUCCUUGUUUGCUUCUCUGUAUUUAUGCUCUAGUCUCAUUUCUUUCGGUAUUGUCUACUUUUGUGUCUCGUCCCUCUCUUGUCACCACAACAAAUAAGCAAUUAACUUAUCACCACAUAUGUGGUGAAUGUAAAUGUAUGAAAACAUCUUCAAAACUUGAAUGAGUUUUGUAACUAAAUAGCCACAACCAAACAAUGAAAAUUCAGUAGAGGACAUAUUGCCAAGUUUAAACUGGAGUCAUUAAAGAGGCAAAAAUUAUGCAUUACAGUAGACAUAUGUUAUAAGCAGGAGUUGAAAGUGAUCUGUAAAAUAAUGAAAGAGGUAACAGUUAAAGUAAGUGAAUGUACAAAAUGUGUCUCGUAUAAAGUUACAACAGUGAUAGGGGACAUGUGGUAACAAAGUACAAGAAAUCUUCCUGGGGGUAAAGAGCAGCUAGUGCACAAAGCAGAUAACCUCACUGCCAUCUGUGAACCGAUUAUUUAGAAAAUGUGGGAUUCUCAACGCCUCAUGACCCUGUGUUCUUCUAUGGCCUGUUACAUAGAUAGCUUUAGAACUAAUAAAGAAUGUAUUUGGAAAU